AUGACACAAGUGAACAAAAUGGAGGUUAGCGAGAUUAUUGCUUGGUGCAGAGAGAAAGAUGUCGAGCUGGAUAGAGUUCUAAUUCUGAGCAAUGUAUCUGCAGAUUGUGAAGACAGAAUAAUCUAUAGUGUGCUGGAUGCUGUUCUGGGAAUUGGAAAAUGCAAAGUGCUUGAUCGCCGCUCUGAUAAAACUAAGCGACUGCAGUUUGUCUUGCUUGAAACAGCUGACAGCAUUUCCAAGAUGUCUAUCCCUGCAGAACUUGGAGGACCUGAAGUAGGCUGCUGGUACACACAGGUUGUUCAUGUUGCAGCUGAAACACCUAAACAGAAUAAGGAAGAUGAGUUCCAGUUCAAGUUGAUCUCUUUCCUCCAAAAAGAAGGGAAAUCGCUAGCUGACAUUCCAAGUUUGACUGCCCCUGCACCUGAUCUAAACACUCAGCUUGUGGAUGCCAUAAAUUCCCUUGUUCAAACGUGUCAUGUGGCUUCAUCUGAGGAGAGAGUCGGAUAUAGAAAGCUGCGUCCCUUCUCAGGAUUUAUCCCAACUCCUCCUGGGGAAGAUGAGUAUGAGGUCUGGGUAGAGCAGACUACUCACAUUCUGGAAGAAUGGCAGUGUUCUGAUAAUGUCAAGAAGCAAAGAUUAGUAGAGUGUCUCAGAGGUCCUGCAGCAGACAUUGUGAGGUUCGAGAAGACUAGUAAUCCAUCUGCUUCUUUCAGUGACUAUCUUAGUGCACUAGAGUCUGCAUUUGGCACUACUGAGGAUGCUUCAGAUUUAAUGUUAAAGUUUCGGAGCACUUACCAGUGUGAGGGAGAAAAGCUCUCAGCCUACAUACUGAGGUUGGACAGAAUGCUGCAUAGUAUGCUGAGGAAGAAAGGCAUUGAGUUCUCUGCCAUGAAUCAUCUUCGAAUGCAACAAAUAGUCAGAGGUGCCCUUUCCAGUGACCUAGUGGAUAUGCGCUUGAGAAUGACCCAUAAGCUGUGUGCCCCUCCUUCCUUCAAUGAGUUAAUGAAGGAGGUAAGAGAAGAAGAAACUCUUUUGAAAAACAGGAGUUCAGCACAGUCAAAUGUAGCUGUCUCUGUGGUAUGCCCUUCAAGAAAUGGGUCAUCCGCUAACACUAACAUGGGCGAUUCAGAGGUAGAAAAGCUAAAGAGGGAGAUAAGAGGACUUAAGAAUGAGGUGUCUCGUCUGUCAGCAGCAGCAAAGGAACCUAUAACCCAUGAUCAUCCUGCCCUGCACAGUCUAACUGCGACUGCAGAGAGUAAAACACCAACCAGACCAGUGAACAAAGCCAAUGUCUUUUGUUACAGAUGCGGAGAAGAUGGGCAUCUGAAGUGUGACUGUACAAAGGAUGAAAAUCUCAGGAGAGUUAACCAGCGACUCAUUAAAAUGAGACAGUCGUCGGGAAACUUCUCCGGGGCUCAGUAG